AGGUAAUCCGACACCCAAUCAGAUUGAACCAUGAGAGAAAACGGGACGAGCAACCACCACCGGCCAUGCAUCCACAUCAAGCCAGGCGGGGAGUGCGUGGAGGGCCUGCUGCCGGCGGUGUACGAGGCCGCCCUCGUGCACUCGGAGACGCACCACCACAACCCCCACCACCUUCCGCCGGACCAAAGCACAUCAGCCAUCAUCUACGUGUCGAUCGUGGUGGUGUUCUACGUGGUAAUCAUCGCAGUGCUGGUUGGGACGACCCUCCGGCGGCGCGGCCAGGUCCUGGAGGAGGCUGAGGAGACGCGUCACCUCCUCAUCUACGACGAGAAGACCGACAGCGUAACGCCGACCCCGGCCGUCCCGACCUCCAGGAUACACGAGGCAGGACUGCUGACUGUGUGAGGUCGUAGUCGAACUGCUGUUCUGUCUGCUUGCAGAUCGACUCUCUGACAGGGAGAGGUCAGCCUGCUCGUUGAAAGUCGUCAGAAUACUGACAGCUAGAUAAUAUUCUGCUGACAGUAUGGUGUCUACAGAGAGUAUAAAAUGGAUGGGAAGGAUGUUUGAGUUACUGAAACAGCACGUCCAGUCAGCAAGUGAUCUCAGGCAAACCUGCUGUCGUGAGAGCAGGUUAUGGCUUAGAGAUGCUUAAAAAAGUUGCAACGUAACUGAUCAGAACUGAUCCUUCAGGCUUAUUCUUAAUUCAUAGAUUAUAUAAAAAAAACAAUAAUUGCAAAGACAGACGGAAAGAAAGAGAGAAGGAGAGAGAGAGCGAGAGAGAGAGAGAGAGAGAGAGAG